AUACCACAAAUAGCCCCAAUUAAUUGAUUAAUUUUAUUUUUAAUUUUUUCAUUUACUUUAGUAAUUUUUAAUAUAUUAAAUUACUAUUGUGUUUUAUAUACUCCAAUAAAAACUUCUCAAUCUUUAACUACUCAAUCAACUUCUUUAAAUUGAAAAUGAUAA